AGGGGCGGAGGGGCGUAUUCACGUCGGCCGCGCGGGACCGUUAAAUUUGAAAGUUGGAGGGUUUGUGGUGGUUGGUUUGCCAAGGAAUUAGGUGCAAACUUUCGUCCCUCUGGUCGCUUCGUUAACCUCUAAGCGCAGGUUGUAGAAGGAAGCCCAGGCGGUCUGCGGCCCUGAAGAAAGUUCCACGGCAGGACGAGGGCCUGAAUCGGGAAUGCAGGAUGGCGGCGAUGAAGAAGGAAGGGGGUGCUCUGAGUGAAGCCAUGUCCUUGGAGGGAGAUGAGUGGGAGCUGAGUAAAGAAAAUGUCCAACCACUAAGGCAGGGGAGGAUCAUGUCCACACUUCAGGGAGCAUUGGCUCAGCAAGAAUCUGCCUCUAACGCUACUCUUCAGCAACAGAAACGGGCAUUUGAAUCUGAAAUUCGAUUUUACACUGGAAAUGACCCUCUGGAUGUUUGGGAUAGGUAUAUUAACUGGACAGAGCAGAACUAUCCUCAGGGGGGGAAAGAGAGUAAUAUGUCGACAUUAUUAGAAAGAGCUGUUGAAGCACUACAAGGAGAAAAACGAUACUAUAAUGAUCCCCGAUUUCUUAGUCUCUGGCUUAAAUUGGGGCAUUUAUGCAAUGAACCUUUGGAUAUGUACAGUUAUUUACACAGCCAAGGGAUCGGUGUUUCACUUGCUCAAUUCUAUAUCUCAUGGGCUGAAGAAUAUGAAGCUAGAGAAAACUUUAAGAAAGCAGAUAAGAUAUUUCAGGAGGGGAUUCAACAGAAGGCCGAACCACUGGACCGACUGCAGUCACAGCACCGACAAUUCCAAGCUCGGGUGUCUCGGCAAACUGUGUUGGCACUUGAGAAAGAAGAGGAGGAGGAAGUUUUUGGAUCUUCUGAACCACAACGAAGCACACUGGCUGAACUAAAAAGCAAAGGGAAGAAGACAGCAAGAGCUCCAAUCAGCCGUGUAGGAGGUGCUCUUAAGGCUCCAAACCAGAACAGAGGACUCCAAAAUCCAGUUCCUCAACAGAUGCAAAGUAAUUCCAGAAUUACUGUUUUUGAUGAAAAUGCUGAUGAGGCUUCUAGAGCAGAGUUGUCUAAGCCUACAGUUCAGCCAUGGAUAGCACCCCCUGUGUCCAGGGCCAAAGAGAACGAGCUGCAGGCAGGCCCUUGGAACACAGGCAGGCCUUUGGAAUACAGGCCUCGUGGUGGUAUAGCUUCUGUGACCACUGUACCCUCUCUGCUUCCCAGUUUUACUCCAUAUGUUGAAGAAACUGCACAACAGCCAGUUAUGACACCAUGUAAAAUUGAACCUAGUAUAAACCACAUUCUAAGCACAAGAAAGCCUGGAAAGGAAGAAGGAGAUCCCCUGCAAAGAGUUCAAAGCCAUCAGCAAGAGUCCCAGGAGAAGAAAGAGAAGAUGAUGUAUUGUAAGGAGAAGAUUUAUGCAGGGGUUGGGGAGUUCUCCUUUGAAGAGAUCCGGGCUGAAGUUUUCCGGAAGAAAUUAAAAGAGCAAAGAGAAGCUGAGCUACUGACCAGUGCAGAGAAAAGAGCAGAAAUGCAGAAACAGAUUGAAGAGAUGGAGAAGAAGCUCAAAGAAAUUCAAACUACUCAGCGAGAAAGAACGGGUGAUCAGCAAGAAGAGAAGAUGACUACAAAGGAGACAGCUGAACUGCAAAUUGCUUUGGAGUCUCAGGAAAUACCAGGAAUGGCUCUAUCCAAUUCUGUUUGUCCAGUAAACUCUUGUGCCAGGGAGACUUCACUUGCAGAAAACAUUUGGCAAGAACCUCAUUCUAAAGGUCCCAGUAUACCUUUCUCCAUUUUUGAUGAGUUUCUUCUUUCAGAAAAAAAAAAUACCAGUCGUCCUGCCGAUCCCCCACGGGUUUUAUCCCAACGAAGACCCUUUGCAAUUCUCAAAACUUCAGAAAGCAUCAACUCAAAUGAGGAUGUGUCUCCAGAUGUUUGUGAUGAAUUUACAGGAAUUGAGCCCUUGAGUGAGGAUGCUAUUAUCACAGGUUUCAGGAAUGUAACUAUCUGUCCUAACCCAGAAGACACUUGUGACUUCGCCAGAGCAGCUCGCUUUGUAUCCACGCCUUUUCAUGAGAUAGUGUCCUUGAAGGAUCUCCCUUCUGAUCCUGAGAGGCUGCUGCAGGAGGAGGAUCUAGACAUGAAGCUCUCUGAGGACCAGCAGACUGCUUGUGGCACCAUCUACAACCCGACUCUCAGCAUCAAGAAGCUCAGCCCAAUUAUCGAAGACAGCCGUGAAGCCACACACUCCUCUGGGUUCUCUGGGUCUUCUGCCUCAGUUACAAGUUCCUCCUCCAUCAAAUGUCUUCAGAUUCCUGAGAAACUGGAGCUUACUAAUGAGACUGCAGGUAGCUUCAUGCACACCACUUACAACCCUACUCAGUCACCCUGGUGUCCACAGUAUCGCAGACAACUACUAAAAUCUCUGAUGGAGCUGAGGGCCUCUGCAGAGUUUUUUAUAGAAGAUAGACCGAUGCCUAAGUUGGAAAUAGAAAAGGAGAUUGAACUGGGUAAUGAGGAUUAUUGCAUAAAACAAGAAUACCUAAUAUGUGAAGAUUACAAGUUAUUCUGGGUGACACCAGGAAACUCUGCAGAAUUAACCAUAAUAAAGGUAUCGUCUCAACCUGUCCCAUGGGACUUUUAUAUCAACCUCAAGUUAAAGGAACGUUUAAAUGAGGAGUAUGACCAUUUGUGCAGCUGUUACCAGUACCAAGACGGUUGUAUUGUUUGGCACCAAUAUAUAAACUGCUUCACCCUUCAGGAUCUUCUUCAACACAGUGAACUUAUUACCCAUGAAAUAAUAGUGUUGGUUAUUUAUAACCUUUUGACAAUAGUGGAGAAAUUACACAGAGCAGAAAUAGUCCAUGGUGACUUGAGUCCAAGGAGUCUGAUUCUUAGAAACAGAAUCCACGAUCCCUAUGAUUAUAAUAAGAACGAUCAAGCUUUGAAGAUAGUGGACUUUUCCUACAGUGUCGACCUUAGGGUGCAGCCUGAUGUUUUUAUCCUCAGCGGCUUUCGGACUGUACAAAUCCUGGAAGGACAAAAGAUCCUGGCUAACUGUUCUUCUCCCUACCAGGUAGAUCUGUUUGGUAUAGCAGAUUUAGCACAUUUACUGUUGUUCAAGGAACACCUACAGGUCUUCUGGGAUGGGUCCCUCUGGAAACUUAGCCAAAAUAUUUCUGAGCUAAAAGAUGGUGAACUGUGGAAUAAAUUCUUUGUACGGAUUCUGAAUGCCAGUGAUGAGUCCACAGUGUCUGUUUUGAGGGAACUUGGAGCAGCAAUGAGUGGGGUGUUUGACACCACCUUUCAAAAUCACCUGAACAAAGCUUUGUGGAAGACAGGAGCUGUUUUACCAUGGAAAUUUGUAUGUCCUAGACAUGGAACUGCCAUGAUAGAAUCGUAACAAGACAGAAAAGCCAGCCAUUCCUUCGGGUGUUCCUGACCUUCAACUAAGUGGUCUAGAUUUAAAAAUAGAUAAAACAAUUUAAUACAGGGCCAAAUUUUCUUAAAUUUCAAGUGGCAAAAUUGUUUGUUCUGAUUCUAUUUUAAUGUUUUCAUUUUUUUUUUAUCCACCAAACCCUUUGGUCUAUUUAUAUAAUCUUGUGGUGCUGCGGCUACUGGGUGUCUUGAUUAGGACUGUGACUGUUAGAAAGGAAGAGAAAAGGUUUUGAAUGGGGGAUAGCAACCUUUCAGAAAUAGAAGAAUUACCAUUCUACGACCUGCAGAGUGACUUGGCAAGGCAAGGGUUAAUAAAGGUAUGGAAGGAAGUUUUGUUGAUUGGAAGAUUUGAAGAGAUAGAGGCCAGGAUAAAAAGAUCACUUGGAAGCGUGUAAUAAUUGGGGAGAGACUAGAUGUAGAGGGAGUAGACCCCCAAACAGAAGCAUGAAUUAUACCUGGUUGUGGGCAUAGGGGAGAGAACUAGAAGAAAGGGACAAUGAAAAUGAUUUAUUUCAUAUCCAAAUAUCAGAAUUCUCAACUGUGCUCCCUCCAUUGCUGGUGCCUGUUUUUUUGUUUUUUUGUUUUUUUGUUUCCUUUACUCUAGUUGUCACUGUUACUGCUCUAAGAUUGCUGGAAAGCAGGAAAUUCUAAGUAUAUCUCAACUAAAAAUAUUUAAGCAUAUAUAGUUGAAGCACUGAAAUAUGACUUGAAUCCGAAAGAUAAUCAACUUAGAAAUUUUUGCUCUUAACCAAAAUACAACUUUUCAAACAUUUUCAUGUUUGCUUCUUGUACAACUGAUGAUGUAAAAUUAUAUAUCCGUAUCUUUGAUGUGAUUGAGCCCUUCUACCCUUCUGCUCUCCUUUCUCAAUCCACCGUUUUGACACAUAAAAUCAUUACUCUGAGGAUGGACAGUAAAUUUAGAUUAUUUCUUAACAUAGCCUUAGCUACCAAUUAGUGACUUCUUCAAGAACCUUGGCAGCAAGGCUGAAAAACCAGAGCUCUGUCUCCGAAAGUCAGCUCUGAGGAGAGGGAAGAGAAUCUGGAGAAGUUUCUUUGUCAGAGAAUUUGCAACUAUUUUGCCACCUCUCCCUCCAUUCCCCAUCCCCUCCAACCCUGACCGUUCUCUGUAGGGGAAAGAAAACAGUUAGGACCAAUGAUGUCUUAGUUUUCUCUUUGCCUGGGCAUAAAACCACAAAGUGGGCACAUUUCCAUUUCCCUUGUAUUUUGUGCUUGUUUGUCUUUGAAGAAGGAAGACUCUGUCUUUUGGCAGAAGCUUCAAAUCGUUCUUAUUUCUUGUCUCACUAAUGGCAAAAGUAGUGUAACAGUGGACCUGGCAGGGGAAACAGCUGAAAAGACAGGAUUUUUACUUUUGUUUGAAAAGAGACAGUGGAAUAUAUCUAGAGCCUCACCAUUCACAAAGUCUGCUUCCGCUAAUCUUCUACCGCCGUUAGAGCCCUCAUCUUCCUGUGCUGGUUGAGUAGGAAACCUUCCACCCAAGUCACAGUGCUCUAACUGAUGCCAACCUGAAUCUGGACGUAAGAAGGUUUUCCUAUAGCAGUAGGACUUUAGACUAUUAGUUGAGCUAUUAUCUCCAGGUAGAUAAGAAAGCCUUCAGAUGGUUGCCUCAGGGCUCUUUGAAAAGACCCUUCGUGCGUUUAAGCUAACAUCUUUAAGCAAAGACACCAAAGAAAGGCUUCUUUUCUUUUGCAUUGGAAAAUGUGGAAUUCUUCCUCCAACUGCACCAAUUCUUUCUAACAUGCCAAAAUUUGCUUCCAGUCUGGCUCCUAAAAUUAAGACUUCCCUAGUGAGAAAGAUAUAUUGUAAAAAAAAUUUUAAUACAGCAAACUUCGACCUUAAUGAGGUCCUUGGUUCCACCAAAGACAGAAGAAGCUAUGACUACUUAAUAGAAUAAAGGUGGCAUUUCCGACCAGUGUGGGAAGAGAUGGGGUAUUCAAUAACUGGUGUGGAAACAAUAGGUUAGAGUUUGAACUCUGUCGCCAGUGCCACCACUAGUUCAUACCUUUGUGCAAAUUAGAAAAAGGCCCCUUCCUCCAGUGGAUUCUGUGCUUCCCAGUGCACCAUAGCUUUACUGGAUUGCAGCCCCCACGUAGCCAGUCAGCCUGCUCCCCUUGUGCAGUGGGUCAGCUGCACAGCCAUAUGCAGUGGGCUUGCCUGCUCCACUGCUUAUCUGCAGAACCAUCUUAGAUAGAUCAAAAACACUAAUGUAAGAAGAUGAAAAUGUAAAAUGCUAGGGAUGCCUGGGUGGCACAGUCGGUUAAGCGUCUGACUCUUGGUUUUGGCUCAGGUUGUGAUCUCAGGGUCAUGAGAUCGAGCCCCACAGUGGGCUUCACAUGUAC